AUGCCUCUAGCUACGCGACCCUGUUUAGUUAAACUCACGCGAUUGAACUUAGAAGAGGUAAAUCCAAGUAGAAGGGGGGUUUCCGAAUCUUGCUCGCGAAGCAUCGACCGGCGAAGAUGCUUAGGGACAACUAAAAAUACCCUCAGAGGGUCCGCGAACUCGGCAAACUUAGGUGGGCUCGCGCCGGGCGUUAGGUCAAAUAAAAAGUCUCCGCACGCGACCCGGGGAAUGGGGGUUGAAGGUUUUCGAGUUUUGCAGGCGAAUUUGCGGAACGACAGAGCUGGGACCCUGGAGGCGAGUCAGUUGUGGGAGGAAAAACGUAUUGAUGUUCUCCUUCUACAAGAGCCAUACGCAGCACAUAGUAAUAAUAGUUUCAAAAUACCUAGUUUCGGUUGCGGCAUACAAGUUGCUGACAAAACCAGGUCUAGGCCAUACGCGGCCAUUUGCUUAACAAAUCCAAAAUACCAGUUGCUGGUUUUAUCACAACUUAGUACAACUCACUACGUAUACGCUCAGAUCAUAGGACCUGACACAUCGUUCUUCGUAGUCUCGGCAUAUUUCCAGUACAAAGACGAAAUAGACAUGCAUUUAAAGCACUUAGAGAAAGUGGUCCGAGCACUGAGAGGGAAAAGGGGAUCCGAGACUGACGACGCGCGUGGCGAAAAGUUAGAGCAAUUUAUUGACGCACACGAGUUAGAGAUAAUCAACGACGCGAGGGAGGGUCCGACGUUUGAAUCAACUAACGGGAGUUCGUAUAUCGAUGUGACACUCAUCACGCCUAAACUGGUGAGUAGCAUUCUUAGCUGGUCCAUUAAGAGAAGUUGGGUGCAGAAUACUGACCACUACCCGAUCGAGAUCACUCUAGGAGCUCAGUCGGGGGAGAAGGAUGACGCACAGGCAGACCCCAAGAGGUUCAACUUAACGUUGGCCAAUUGGGAAAAGUUUGACGAAAUCCUUUUCUCGUGUGCAUGCACAAACCUUGAUGGCCUUGGAGUGGAAUCGGUUGAGGACGUGGAAAGGUAUGCUUCUGCACUUGGCAAAUCAAUCUUAGAAGCUUGCGAAGCCGCGAUCCCACGUAGGAAAACCCAUGUAAAAUCAUACCCAUGGUGGACCAGGAAAUUAACACGCGCGAAGAAGCUGGUGUACUAA